CAUUUAUGCGAAGACCGCAAGCGAGGGUCAACACACAGACCUCUCCACUUCCAGGUUCCCAACUCUUUUUCCCUCCCUCCAUCUGCUCUCUCUCUCUCUCUCUCUCUCCCCCCAACCAUGGGUUCAUCAACAGGCGAAAUCAACAAUAAUGGCAGAAAUGGAAACACCUGCUCACCCUCCAAAUCCUCCUCCACAUGCUCUUGUCCCUUUUCAGCUUCUUCACCAGUCCUCCCAACCCCUCCUGCCAGAAAAUUAAUGGAAGAAGUUUGGAAAGACAUCAGCUUAGCCUCUCUUCAAGAUCACUCCAGCAACACCCUCUCCUCCACUACCACCACCCAAAACCCUGCCUUUUGUGCUACGAUUCUCCAAGACUUCUUGGCUCGGCCUCUCAACAAAGAGCCACCAACAAGAGGCGCGUCAUCAUCUGGCGCCACCGAGCUUUCAUUGGCCGUGGAGACCACUUUCUUGGGUUCUCUGGCGCCAACUCCAGCAACUAUUCUGAGCUUGAAUUCCGGUUCUGAUUUUCCAUACCCUGAAAUCCGUACUCCCGUUGGUGUUGGGUCAAACCCACAAUUGCAAAGGCAUGCGGGUUUCACUGCAUCUUCUUUUGUUUCUUCCUUUAACUCUCCUUUCGAAUUCUCAUGCUCUUCUUCGGCGUUCCCUUCUUGCUGCAAGAAAAGGGCUCAAGAAAAUGUUGAGGAUUCCAUCGAUCGGAGACAUAAGCGCAUGAUCAAGAACAGAGAAUCAGCCGCUCGUUCUAGAUCACGGAAACAGGCUUACACGAACGAGUUGGAACUUGAAGUUGCCCGUUUACAGAAAGAGAAUGCUAGGCUCAGAAGACAGCAAGAGGAGCUCUGCUUGGUGGCAGGCCGUGCUCAGCUUCCAAAAAAACACCGUAUCUAUAGAACCUCAACUGCUCCAUUUUGAGAAGUAAGAAUGCAAAAGCUCUCUUGCAUGCCUAGUAAUAUGAUCUUUUAUGCCUCCUUUUCUUCAGUGAAUUAACCAGCAGGCUCGCCAAAUUUCUCUCGAAGCGGGGUGGAUCAGAGGGGAUUGGUUGCAAUAUCCAUAUAAAAAAAAAAGUGUGUUUGUUAUUACAUCUCCAUCAGUUGGCUGGAAAAAAAACAAAAGGAUGGAAGAUGGAAAAGGUCCUAAAUUCCUAAUGGUAUGGUUUUUAUUUUUUAAUUUUUAUUAUAUCCCGUUCCUUGAA